AACGUAUAGUAGCUAUGAUGUAUUUAUGAUGGUAUGCUGCUAUAUACGUACAUAUAUGCAUACGUAGAAAAGUUCUCAUGCAACUUCUUGUAUACACUAUAUUAUGUGUAUAUCGUCUUUAUGUAAUUAGUCAUGUUAUGAGAAAGAUAGAGAUGACAAUGAGUACAACGAGAAAAAACUUCCCUCCACUUGUAUAAUAACAUAUUAUGUACCACCUUGUAUUCUAAACAAAUUAAAAAAUGUUUCGAGUACAACAGGUUGUAAGUAAAUUAUUCCCACAAACAUAUAUGUUGCCUUUAAUUUAUAUAAGUAUAUAUAGAAUUUCCAGAUGGCAUAAAAUCACCUUAAACAAGUAGUUUAUAUAUAAAAAAAACGAAGAUAAAACUGGUGCAUUCAUAGAAGAUUAUAGUUGUCAAUAUCUGCUUAAGGUAUAUAUUUAUCAUAUGAGUAAUUAAUGUAUUUGGCCCUAACAAACACAGUUUCAACUUAUUGGAGUCUAAAACCCAAGUUUAUUAAGUUUUGUAAGGCCCCAUUCUCCAUUUAACACAACUCGCACCGUAUUAAUGUCUUUCAUGAGAUAUGUCAAUUCACACGUGCAUAAAUCUUGGAAUUAAUAUGCUUUGUCAAAACGAAUAUUUUGAUGGAAGAGGAUUCUCUACCCUCCUAUUCCCAUCCUCUUCCCUCACACAUUGUUUUUUGUCUUAUUAUUUCUAUAAAAAAAAUUAAUAUAAGAUGUUGACGUGGCUUAACCUGUGAUCGUUCAAAUAGGAGGGUAUGGAAGGGUAGAGAGAUUAGGAGGGUAGAGAAUCCUCCUUCUAUUUUGAUUGGUCUAUGUAGCCGCAUUCAUACUCUAUUUUAAAAUGACUGAAAAUGCUUUUAACAAAAAUAUUUUUGGGUUUUAAAAACACUUAAAGUAUUUUUCCAAUACUCACUUGCAUUUUUACUAAAGAUUGGUUCAAAAAACAUUUUCACAAUAAGUGCUUUCAGCUAUUUUAAAAGCACUUCUAAACGAGCUCAUAGACACAUAAUUUUCAAACACUCAUUUUUUUCAUAUGCACACUUUUUUUUAUUUUUUACUAUUAAAUUAAUAAAUUAAAAAAAAUUAACGGACAAAAUAUAUUUAAGCAGGAGAGCAAAAUUGUAGUGAGAUGUUAAAAAACACAUCUGGUUGCUGCAUGCACGCAGCACACUGUUUUAGGACACUCGGGCCUCAGAGCAAUUCACAAGCACUUAACUGCUAAUUAAAUUCUCAAUCAAUCCCAAUGUUUCAUGUCGGUAACGAAUUUGACACUCAUCUUUUUCUUCCGUCAACAUUUACAGGCAAAAUAUAUAAAGGGGCUAAAAGACGAGCGUUAAAAUCGCUAACACAGUAGUACGCGUCAUGUAUGUAUGUGUACGAAAACAAUCAAGUACAAGAAAAUUAAAAAUGGUGGAUGAACUAGAAUUCUAGCAGGACCACAUGGCAAAGAAGCAAAACAAACCAAAUAUGUAGUAUCACAUAGAAAAAGGCAAGAGGUCACCUGCAGAAAGAAGAAAUCUACAACAGAACAAAAGAAGUAACAGUCCACAAGAUUGAAAUAUUUGCAACAGAAGACCAAGCUCCAAAAGCCACAUAAAAGCUUCCAACGAUUUUCCCAGAGACAAAUCAUACAUCUAUUAUUAUUUCAUUUUAUAUAAUUUUUUUCAUUCAACCUAUAGUUGACACGUAUAGGGUUUCGUAUAUGCAUGAAUUUAGCACUGUUGUGGGAAGUUUGUGAGCUCAUAACUUUGAGUAUAAAUUGGAGCCUAUGUUUCUACUGGUCCUCUUGCCAGACCACUUUAUAACUUCAGGCCCCUCUCUCUCCUCUCUCUCCUCUCUCUCUCUAAGUGCAUUUUGGCAACUCUCUCUCAGAGGAAGACAUGGAGCUCUUUCACUGGUUUAGACUCUUAUGGAUCACUAUGACUCUAUUGACCUUCCGGUGUGCAAGCAAUGUGGAAGGAAGAUAUCAUCACCACAAGGGGAACAAAAACUCAUCCCCUCCUACAACCCCUGCAGAAAAUCCAGUUGCUCCUUCAACUCCGAGCAUUGCUCCUCCUACCCCUUCUCGAGAUGUUCCCUCAGACCCUUACCCAACCGACCCCGGAAACAACUUUAGUAAUUCUUCAGACUGUGUGUUCAAUGUCAUGGAUUAUGGGGCAGUUGGAGAUGGCUCUGCUGAUGACACUGCUGCAUUUAGACAGGCUUGGAAAGAAGCCUGUGCUGUUAAAUCAGGUGUUGUUUUCGCUCCUUCAGAUUACCGCUUCAAAAUCACCUCAACAAUUUUUUCAGGUCCAUGCCAGCCAGGACUAGUAUUCCAAGUAGAUGGGGUUUUGAUGCCGCCGGACGGCCCGGAGACGUGGCCUAAAAAAGACAGCCAAAAACAGUGGCUUGUGUUUUACAAACUUGACCGGAUGACUUUCACUGGUACUGGAACCAUUGAAGGUAAUGGCCAAAAGUGGUGGGCCCUCCCUUGCAAACCUCACAGGGGUCCCAAUGGAUCAACACUGCGAGGACCAUGUGACAGCCCUGCUAUGAUCAGAUUUUUCAUGAGCUCUAAUUUGGUGGUGAGAGGCUUAAGAAUCCAGAACAGUCCCCAAUUCCACAUGAAAUUCGAUGGCUGUCAAGGAGUACUGAUUCAGAAAAUAACCAUUUCUUCACCAAAGCUUAGCCCCAACACAGAUGGGAUCCACAUAGAGAACACAAAAUCUGUUGCCAUACACAACUCAAUGAUUAGCAACGGUGAUGACUGCAUUUCGAUAGGAACUGGGUGUGCAAAUGUUGAUAUAAUGGGUGUCACUUGUGGGCCAAGUCACGGGAUUAGCAUUGGGAGCCUUGGCGUGCACAACUCGCAGGCAUGCGUAACCAAUAUCACAGUCCGCAACUCCGUCAUACGUGAAUCCGACAACGGUGUUCGAAUCAAGACAUGGCAAGGCGGGACGGGCAGCGUCUCCGGCAUCCUCUUCGAGAACAUCCAGAUGGAGAAUGUGCUCAACUGCCUGCUAGUAGACCAGUACUACUGCCUAUCAAAAGCAUGCCGAAACGAAACCUCAGCAGUACUGGUCACUGACUUGACCUACAGAAACAUAAAAGGCACGUACGAUGUGAGGAGGCCUCCCAUUCACUUUGCGUGCAGUGACACCGUGGCAUGCAGAAAUAUUAUCCUCUCAGAAGUUGAGCUUUACCCAUACGAAGGAGAGCUCAUGGAUGAGCCCUUUUGUUGGAAUGCUUAUGGGACCCAGGAGACUGCAACUAUUCCCCCUAUUGAUUGCUUGCGAGAGGGGGAACCUCAGGCUUUGGAUGAGGUGUCCAAGUAUACUUGUUAGAGGGAGUCUUCUGUCUAAUCAGGUGAGAAUUUCCCAUAACCUCUCCGACCUGAAAAGAGUGGAUAACCGUGGCUUGCCACUAAUUAUUCUCUUUUUUCAAAAGAAAAAAGAAAGAUAAGGUGUUAUAACUUAUUUGUAUGUGAGUUGUCGCAUGGUCACGUGAUCAGCCUCUCAAUAGAAUUUCUCAUAUUUUCUAGGGUAGAAUGUAAUUUGGGUUUGGGCUACUUAGGAUUUAUUUACAUAGAGAUACCGUCUACUGUAUAGAGCCCAAGAGCUUUUAUGGGUCCAUCCUUAUUUGGGGUUUCCCCCUUAUUGUGUGAUGUGAUGAUGAAUUAUGUACAAUUGGGUCUUGUAUUUUGGCCCUACGAUAUAGUAAUGAGAUUGUGUGCUUACAUUACA